AUGCUGAGUGUGGAGAUGUACCCCAGUUUGGCCCUUGGGCACCAAAGAGUGGGAGACUGCUACUAUAGAGAUAGGGAACCUCCUGCCCACAUGCCCCUCUACCCCUCCUCCUAUGACAUGGCUGCCGGGGCUAUGACCUCUCACCCUCUGGCCCCACCCCCCGCCCCCAGCGAGCCAACCUGUAAAGGCCAGCAGGACAGCGUCAAGAUGGAGCUGGAGAACGGUUCACUGUGGAAACAUUUCUGCUCCGUGGGCACAGAGAUGAUCAUCACCAAGAAGGGCAGGCGGAUGUUCCCCCAACUGAGGGUAAAGCUGUCAGGCCUGAACCCGGCACUGCGCUACAUCCUGCUGCUGGAUAUGGUGGCCAUGGACACCUCUCGCUACCGCUUCCAAGGCGACACCUGGCAGGUGGUGGGUGGCGCUGAGGCCCGCUUACCCGACCGGGUGUUUAUCCACCCAGACUCGCCAGCCACGGGUGCCCACUGGCAGAGCAGGAGCAUCUCCUUCCACCGCGCCAAGCUCACCAACAACACGCUGGACACACAGGGAUAUAUCAUCCUCCACUCCCUCCACCGUUACCAGCCACGGGUACACGUGAUUGAGGCCAGGGACGUGCUGAGGUGGGGGGGAGGGCAACACUCCUUCAUCUUCCCAGAGACCCAGUUCCUCACCGUCACCGCCUACCAGAACAAUAAAAUCACUGAACUGAAGAUCCAAUCCAAUCCCUUCGCUAAGGGCUUUAGAGAGGAUGGCAUGAAUAGCAAAAGACAGAGGGACGUGAGGCAAAAGCGGAAGCUAAAUGAACCUCUAGAUAUUGUGAGCUGUGACCCGUGUGACUCCACUGAGCUCCUGUCUCAGUACUCCUCUUCCUCCUCCUCCUCCUCCGACCUCCAGAGCCUGGCCCUGGCAUCUCUUCCAUCCCUUCCCCCUCUCCCUGAGUCUGUGUGUGGGUAUGGCUCCAACGAAACGCCUUUCCAGGAGAGCCCUCUUCCAGAGCAGCAGCAAGCUCUAGACCUGGUGGGCCAAACCUUCAUUGCCUCCCAGAUGACUGACAUCACAGCUAACAUCACGGCCGAUAUGACCAAGGGGCCACAAGAUGCAUCGGGCAACAAAGUCACCGAUGGAAUGAUGGACAGGUCCGUCACUAUGAGUCUUUCCACUUACAAUGGGACAUAUCCAGCCACUCCUCUUGGUUCUUCCUCUUUUGACCCUGCUCCUCAUCCUCAGUCUUCGUCCUCCUACCGCUCAGAUCCCUCCAUCUCCCAACCCUCCCCCACUUCUACUUUUAAUUAUCCAUCCAUGGCCACCACUGACUAUCCCUCUAUUCUCUCCUCUUCUCCUACACUCCCUUCCUCCACCACAUCUCCCUCGCUUCAGCAAACUAGUUUCACCUACCCCACCGUGCCUAUUUCCACUUCAUCCUCCCCCAAGCCUCUCCUGUCCUCCACCUCCUGUCAAUCCAUCCUUCCAUCCAUCCCACAGCAAGGCCUGCUCAGUCCUCACACACCCACAAAUACCUCUUUUCCAUCACUCCCUCCUCCCUCCUGUCAACCCAUCCAGCAGAAUGGGGUGACCACCCAUUCCAUGCUCACUCCCCCGAACCAGGCUCUACAAGCUGUCCCCAUCUCCAACCAGACUCCCCCUCUGUUGGUGUUUAACCCCACAGCAUACCCCUACCCAAACCUACCUCUCUCCAACGUCAUCCAAACCACCCCUCCGUCUUUCUUCAACCUCUCAAGUCCCUCAACUUCUCAAUCACACCCCGUUCCCUCUCUCCCUUAUUCUCUUUCUUCCCAUUCCGCACCUCUAUCUUAUCCCUUUCCCUCUCUCCCUUCAUCCCUCUCUUCUAGCUCUUCAGUUCAAAAUUGGACUCUUCCGAAUGUUUCCUCCGGCUCCGUCCACUCCGCUGUGUCUAUUCCCAUCCCGACUCAGAUGCAAGCUCCCUCUGUAGGGUCGUCCUUUCUUCCUUCCUCCUUCACUCACCCCCCAUCCUCCCUUCCUAAUCCAGUUUACCAACCCUCUUCCUGUUCCGCCAUUCCCUCUGUGUCCGUCGCCUCUUUCCAGCCUUCUGCCUCUUCUCACAUCCCACCCUUCUCCCUGACCAACCACUCCCUCCCUCCAACGACAUGUCCCCAGAACCAGACCACCACGCCCUCCUCCUACCCCCCGAUAGCGCCCACCGAGAUUGGCUCCUUCUCCCAGUUCAAUUCUGGCGCACCCUAUCUUCCAGAAAUGGUACUUCACCAUCCCUCACUCCUGCCUCCACUGGAUCCCUCUCUUUCAUCCUGUGUCUCCUCCUCCUCCACACCCCCUGCCCUCUAUCCCCCUUUCUCUUCCUAUCCUCUGCGCCUCUGUCAGGACCCCCGCUCGUCCUUCCCCAUACCUCUCAGGCACAUGUACAGGCAGCACCAGCAUGGCCACACCCACGCUCAGGGAUCCUACCUGGAUAUGAGUGGGAGGGCUGUAUUCUGAGGUAGAGGAGAUAGAAGGUAAUGGUCGAGUUCCAGCCCAACAUGAUGUGCAGGCGUUCCAUUGCAUCAACCAAUGGUUGUGUGCCAAGUCAUCGACUGUGCAGUUGGCCCGUCAGAUUGCUGUAUCAUGUGAUGUGGUUAGCUGAUAUGUUAAAUACCUAUCCAGGCAUUGUACACUAAGAUCUGGGAUGCGUCAGCAAUGUUGUCAACGGGAACUCAACCUUUAAAGUCGGCUGCAACGUCGAAUGCCCCCAAUGUUGUAAUUUAUGAAGAUGACAUGCAUCAGAAAAUGGUGUGCUGUGUAUGGAGAGAAAGAGAGUGAAUCAACAGAGAAGAGCUACAGUGGUCAAAACAGUUCAUUGGAAAUGUGGCCUUUUGCUAAACUGUUUUGUGAUAGCAAGUGUGUUCAUUAUAAAUAAAUACAAAUGUAUAGAUUGUAUGGCGCUUUUAAGGAUCCUAUGUGUAGUAUUAGUUGAAGUUGUUGGAAAAUAAUUACAUUUCUCUUUUUUACUUUGUCAUUGUGAAAGUUUGUUGACUUACUGUGCAUCAAACUAUGGUGACAUUUUCAAGUUCUAUGUUUUGUUUUGUUUUUUCUAACUAAAAAAACUGUUGAAUUGGACUUAAACUUGUAAAUAGUUUUUUAAUCUGUUCUUUUUCAAAUCCAUUCCA